GUUCCCCAACCGGCUUCAAUCCUUCAAGAUUGUUCCUGCCACAAGCCUCAAAAUCUCAGUGCAAUGACAUCCUCGGGCUCAGAGCCAUUCAUCGUACAAUGGCUGCUCGAUACAAGACUAUUGUGGCCUGUUCACCGCAAAGAUAAGCCCAGAGAGGAAGUCGCAGAACUGAGGACUGCUGCUUCUCGUGCUCUGGCUCUCCUCUCUGAAUCCGAGCAAGAAUCAGUCCUUAAAUAUUAUCACGUCAAAGAUGCAAAAGUGAGCUUAGCAUCCCACCUCCUCAAGCACCUUGUCAUUGCAAGAUAUUGCCAUGUACCUUGGUCGAAGACUACAAUUUCGCGAGAAUCAAAUGGAAAGCCUUGUUAUAUUUCGGCCGCAGAUCAACCUCGAAUCGAAUUCAAUGUAAGUCAUCAGGCUGGACUUGUAACAUUAAUAGCUGUGGUUGGGGGCGAUGGAACAAUAAAUGUGGGAACGGACAUCGUAUGCGCCAACGAACGACUGUCGCAUGACUACAAAUAUAUAGAGAAGAGUGGGUUCUUUGAAUGGAUUGAUAUGCACGGAGAAGUGUUCGCAGAUUCGGAGAUCAAUCAUAUGAAGCUUUCAACGCUUGGACUCGACGAAGUUGCGCCCGGUAAGAAGCUUCAUGGAUAUGGCAACGAUGCGCUCUCUAGAUGUCAAUGGAGAAACAGACAAUUGGAUCUGGUCAUCACAGAUAGUGAGGGAAAGGCUGAGCAAUUGAGGAUUGACAGCAACAAGGUUAUCGAUGCGAAGAUCAGACGGUUCUAUGCCAUGUGGUGUUUGCGAGAGACCUAUGUCAAAAUGACCGGAGAAGCUUUGCUUGCGCCGUGGCUUAAGGACCUGGAGAUUUGUGACGCUCGAAGUCCAAUUGCGUCUGAGGUACAUGAUCUUAAUUCUCUCGAAAGAGGGGAAACAAUUGACAAUUAUCGUAUUGUUUUUAAGAGCCGCGGAGUUACAGACGUACAGAUGGAAUUGUCUGCGUUAGGUCCGCAUUAUAUGGUGGGUGGUGCCGUUAGGGUGACGGAGAACGACAAGAAAUUAGCGUUGGGCCCGUGGAAAGAACUUGAUAUUGAGAAGGAUGUUCUAGAGAUUGCGGAGUCUAUGUCCUAAGCAGUUUUGUCUACUUUCUUACACCCUGACAUCUUGAUUUGGACUGCACAAACGAUUUUUGUGGCAAUAUUGAUGGGGUUCCAAAUCUAUGAAUCCACCAUCAGGAUCGUAAGCAGCGUAUCAAUUUCAUACAUUCGAAUUUGGCAAGUAGAAGUCCACAAUCAUUGAAAGCAAACUUUCAUAUACGCCUGUCAUCUGCUUGCUUGUUGAACUACCAUUCAUGAGUUGUCCCCGAUCUUUUCCUUUUCAAAUUUUGCACAGAAUCUCUCGCGGGUAAACAGCCACACCAAUUCCGUUCUGCCCA